CAGUGAACGAGUGAGAUGGUCCAUGCAGCACAGUGGAUAGCAAAAAGGGAGAUAGCACAAGUGGGUGACAAGCAUAUCUCACAAAAAUGAGUUUGUUCGCUGGUGCAGUCAUUCUGAAUGUAACAUCAGAUGCAAAGAAAUUCAGGUGACAGUUUAUUUUAUUCAGCCCCCAGCAGAAGUAAGUGAAAUGUGCUCUCUUGGAUAAAAGAGUCUGGACUGGUAUCUACGUUUACAGAGUUAUCAUAAAUGAACCUGAAUGUGAUAUUGGGUCUGCAUAUGCAAAACGUGUGAAGAGGACAUAGUUAUUAACUAGGAUGUCAACGGAGACAGAAGUUCAACAGGUUGUCAGAGCCAGCACAAGAAAGGAGUCCAAAAAGAAAGGUCAGGAUCGGAGUGAAGCUGGUCUGAUAAAACGUUUUAAAGGAGAUGGAUUCCGGUACAGGGCAAAACUAAUUGGUGUGGAUGAGGUUUCAGCUGCAAGGGGAGAUAAGCUCUGUCAAGAUUCAAUGAUGAAACUAAAGGGAAUUGCAGCUGCAGCACGCUCGAAAGGAGAACACAAACAGCGAAUCUUUCUGACCAUUUCAUUUGGAGGCAUAAAAAUCUUUGAUGAAAAGACAGGAGCUAUGCAGCAUCACCAUGCAGUUCAUGAAGUAUCAUACAUUGCCAAGGAUAUCACCGACCACCGCGCCUUUGGCUAUAUAUGUGGUAAAGAAGGAAAUCAUCGGUUUGUAGCAAUAAAAACAUCUCAAGCAGCUGAACCCGUCAUUCUUGAUCUUCGAGAUCUCUUCCAACUCAUCUACGAACUGAAACUUCGGGAGGAGAAGGAGAAAUUGGCUCAAAAGGAUAAACAAAGUGAACAGGCAGUCUAUCAGACCAUUUUGGAAGAAGAUGUUGAAGAUCCUGUAUAUCAGUACAUUGUAUUUGAAGCUGGACAUGAGCCAAUCCGUGAAACAGAGGAGAGCAUUUACCAGGUGCCCACAAGCCAUCAGAAGGAAGGUGUCUAUGACGUGCCAAAAAGCCAACCAACAAUUAAUCAACUGGACCUCUUUGGUGACAUGUCUACUCCCCCAGACAUCACCUCUCCUGGGACGCCAGCAUCACCAGCUAAUGCCCUUGGACCUGAUGCAUUUGCUUCUGGAGUUCUUAGUGCUCAGCCGCCUGGGAGACCCGAUUUGUUUGGAUCUGUUCCAUUCAAUGCUGCUGCUGUCCCCACAGGAUAUGUCACAAUGGGAGCCGUAGCGCCUGCAGUCUGGGCGCAGCAAUCGGGUGCUCAAAAUAUCAUCAAUCCUAUGUUAGCUGGAGUCCAGCCUGCAGCAUGGGGCCAGCCAACCUUAUUUGCUGUACAGCAGCAGUGGGCCCCCGUUGGAAGCCCAUUUCAGCCCACUGUCUUCAUGUCAGCACAAACUCCAAUGCCACUACAAACUGCCAUGUUCAAAGCAGCCUUAUCUGCUGGUCAGCCCACCAUUGCCAGCCACCAGGAGGAGAAAUCAAGGCAGAAAAUGGGCAAGGAGAUGUUUAAAGAGUUCCAAAUGGCCAAACCCCCAGCAGUCCCAUCGAGAAAAAGUGAGCAAGCUUCGCUCUCCUGCACGUCGGAUGCCUUCACAAGCUACUUCAGCAAAGUGGGGCUGGCGCAGGAGAUGGAUGAUGCAGAUGACUUUGAUAUUUCCCAGUUAAAUCUAACCCCAGCAACUUCCAACUCCACACCAUCAUCAAACAAUUCCCCUCCAAAUUCAUCUCCACAUCAGCACACACCCUCUGAUUCCCCUUGCCACCACACACCUGAGGCAUCUUCUCGGCAGAGUACACCUGCAGAAUCCCCCCUCCAGACCUCUCCCACUUCGUGCUCCCAUCAGAACUCGCCAUCAAAAUCGCCCACCUUGCACACCGAUGAAUCUGCACCCGAUGACCAAGUGGAGGCUGAGUCAGAAAACCUGAGCAGUAGCAGAGUGCAAGUGGCUCUUGAUAGUUCUGAAGCACCUUCAAACACUGAUGCCGCUGAUGAUUCUCUUGGUGAUUCAUUCACCCCACAGAUUGUUCUGAAGGCCUUCCGACGUCUGGUUUCUGUUUUCUACUGGAAUCCGGUGAAAAUCUACAAGAUCAUGCAUCAAUCAGUGAGUUUAAUGCUGUUCUAUGCUGCAUUAGGCCUUAUGCAUACCAAUGCCUACUGCAAAGAGACAUUUGUGGAAUUAACUAAUGGAUCUAACUAUGUAAAUUCUAACACGUUGGGAGGACUGUGGAAAAGAUCACUGAGGGCUCCAUCGCAGCCAAUUGAUUGCUCUCUUUCAACUUGGUCCUCGUGGAGUACUUGCGAUUCUUGCCAGCAAAAGCAAUACAGGUAUGCAAGACUUGAGGAGCCCUCUCAGUUUGGUGGUGCACCUUGUAACAUUGCCGAUAGGGAGGAGAAGGCCUGCAGAGGAACCUGUAGAUCCACAAAUCGGUGUGAGGGCAUUGUAUGUGCUGAAACAGGUCGAUGCAUUCCUCGUCGGCUCGCCUGCAAUGGAGAUGAUGAUUGUGGAGAUCAGUCUGAUGAGAAAAGAUGUCGGAGGGUUAGCCAUGCUUGCUCCAGGCAGGCAGAACCAUAUUGGGCUGUGCAACAUAUUGGAAGUGGAUAUAAUAUUUUAACUGACACUUUGGAGGGAACUGUUCUCGACAACAGAUACUAUGGAGGCAGCUGUGCCCCAUAUUAUAUCAAUAACGUAAGAUUUAGAAAACCCUAUAAUUUAGAAUUCUACAGCCCUGAGACAGAAGGAAAACUUGAACGCACCUCGAAUGAAUAUUCAUCAUUCUCAAACUUUUCCAGCAGUAGGUUUGAACAAAAGUCUCGGGAAAUUUACUUUAAAUUUGCACUUAGCGUUCCAAUCUUUGAAGUUGGACUUGAUUUUGAAAGCAAUAAUUUCAAGAAAAUGAUUCGAAAUACCCUCAAACACUCUAAUAAAAAAACACAAUUAUUUCAUACACAAUUCUCGCUCCAAGUGGCCAAGUUCAAGAUGAAACCCAGAGACCUUAUGCUCCAUUAUGAUUUCUUUCAAAGAGUUAAGCAGUUGCCAACAAUUUACAAUUAUGGGGAAUACAGAGAAAUCUUUAAGGACUAUGGAACUCAUUACAUGAGCGAAGGCAUACUUGGUGGAACAUAUGAAUAUAUUUGGUCAGUUAACAUGGAUAAAAUCAAGAAAGAUGGUUACACAUUGGACGAUGUAAAAAAUUGUGCAAAGGCCGGCAUUAGUGGAGGUGUGAAAGUCGAAGGAAUCAUGGUAGCUAUCGGAGUUGGUGCUGGGUUCUGCGCAGGUUUUCUGAAAGAAAAAGGAGACAGUGUUGCCAAAUCGGCUUACACAGAAGACUUCAUAGUACUUGUGCGUGGAGGAGCAAGUGAACAUGUGACAGCACUGGCUCACAAAAAUCUUCCAACUGUGAAACUGAUGCAGGAAUGGGGCGAUGCAGUCGAGUACAACCCAGAAGUCAUUAAAUUUAAGCCUACAGCACUUCAUGAACUGGUCACCUCGAACACAUUUCCGAAUGCUCCUAGAAUCAAAGCCAACAUGAGGCGGGCCCUUGAAGAGUACCUGAUCGAAUCCAAUUCCUGUCGCUGUGCGCCAUGUCUCAACAAUGGAGUUGCUUUUCUUAAAGGAACCAAGUGUGAAUGCAUUUGUCCUGCUGGUUUCCGUGGAGCUGCCUGCGAGAUUACCACCAGGGAGAGUAUGACUGUGGAUGGGAAGUGGACCUGUUGGUCCCUCUGGUCUGAAUGCGUGAACAGUCAAAGAAAAAGGAGCCGGCAGUGCAAUAAUCCUCCGCCACAAAAUGACGGCAAAUCAUGCUCAGGGGACAAUCAGGAGACAUUGCCCUGUCAAUGAAGAAAUACCAGCCUUCUUCUGUCUCAAUAAUUACCAUCACUGAUCUAUAAUUUUGCAUGCUUAAAACAGAUUUUUUUAAAUCCAGUAAUAAUCGAACCUAAUGUUACCUGAAUAAAACUGGUUAAUUGAAGUAAAUUACAUUGGUUCUUACAGGCCAGUUCAACAAAAGUUAAUUCAUUUCCAAAAGUAAAUGCUUUUCUAGCUCUUUUGCGCAUGUUUAUGUUUAGAAACACUAGUUCAUUAUGCCAUGAUCUUAACUCAUUAAAUCAACCUAUUUGAGUGUAUUAUAUGUUCAACUGGAAGAUUCAAAUGAAUAACCACCAUAUAACUGAUAGCUAUGUACAAGAGCAACAGCCAAGAAUGUAAGGGGAAAGUAAUAAAAUGUGAUAGACUUUG